AUGAUAAUAAUCAUCAUAACAACAACAACAACAACAACAAUGCUCUACGUUGGUCUGAGUAACAAACUGGAUUUAAAGGCGUGUCUGAGAUUCCAGACUGCAGAAUUCCAUCACAUCCCGGAGGUCAGAGGCUUUUUCCUGCAUCCAUCUUACAUAAGGAGCGACAUGGAAACUGAGCAGGAAGCAGAAAUGCGCGCAGCAGAACCAGGACGGUUCCACCAACAGCUGGUCCACUUCACCCCCGCCCUCACCCCCGCACACGUAGCGUGUCCUCUGUGUCCCCGGCCUGUCCUCUGUCCCUCUGAGCUGUGUACUGAAGACACCGAGCACCGGAUUCCAGCCCUGGAGCCGUUAAGUCUUCAGAACCGCCCGGUGCGUCGCAGGCCGGCGGCUCUGGAGUUCGAGCUCUUUCCUCCUCGAGGGGAUUUCAGGCCCGAAUCAGAGGCGAGCGCGAGCCGGACUCCGUUCGGAGUCAGGAGGAAAACGUCUUCCAUUGAGAGGCGACAAUCCCGUCGAAGGUGCGACGCUCCAGCUCGGACGUCCUGCCUCGGGAACAAUACCAAGCUGGAAAAUCAGAGAAGCAGGAAUCAGGAAAAUACAAAUGAAAACAUUUCCCUGGAUUCCAAAAAUAGCAGCAGCUCACUCCCGCAGACAGGCGGAGAGCCGCUGCUCGGGUGCGGGCAUCUGCAGUGGCUCGGGUUGGAUGUGGGAGAGAAACGGCGCGAUCUAAUUGGCUGCAAGCAGGAUGCUGCGGUCGCUGAUUGGCUGCAGAGCCGCAGAGAGGUUCCAGACUUCCUAGGGACAAAAGGAUCCCUCUCUCUGACGUCAGAGCCCACCAAAGAAGACUACAAGACUUUCAGCUGGACCCAGGUGUCUGCUGCUUCUUUCAUGCAGCUCCAGAUGUGGUGGAUGUUCCAGAGAGAGAAAGACGUCUUUAGAAAGCUGCAGUCUUCAUGUCAUGAUGUGGAGUAAAACAAGCAGCAGAUUCAUCAGACUGAGGUUAGGAAUUACAGCUCUCACUGGCCUGGGACAAAAGAGAGGUGUUGGGAUGGAGGGGGAUGUCGAAAGCGCUAACAACCUAAAUCUACACUUCAAUAGGUUCGACUGUCCAGUGCCUCCUGCCCCCUCUGACUGUCUCACCCUGCCCCUCUCAGCAGAUGACAUCAAAAAAGAAUUGGGCAGACUCCACCCCGGCAAAGCUGCUGGUCCUGAUGGUGUCAUCCCCAGGGCCCUUCGGUGUUGUGCUUCCCAGCUGUCGGGAGUUUUACAACGGAUCUUCAACAUGAGCCUGGAGAUGCAGAGCGUUCCAUCACUCUGGAAGACAUCCUGCCUGGUUCCUGUCCCUAAAAAGAUCAACCCGUCGACCCCCAGUGGCUCUGACCUCACAUGUCAUGAAGACACUGGAGAGACUCGUCCUAAAACAUCUGCGGCUGCUGGUGGAGCCUUGGCUGGAUCCCCUGCAGGUUGCUUAUCAACCUCGUAUCGGUGUGGAGGAUGCCCUCAUCUACCUGCUGAACCGGGCAUACUCUCACCUGGACAUUGUUGGGAGCACUGGGAGGGUCAUGUUCUUCGACUUCUCCAGUGCCUUUAACACAAUCAGACCAUCACUGCUGGGGAACAAGCUCACGGAAAUGCAGGUGGACGCCCCACUCGUAGGUUGGAUUACGGACUAAUUAACAAAUAGACCACAGCAUGUCCGACUGAUGAGCUGCCGCUCAGAAAACAUCCUGAGCAGCACGGGGGCGCCGCAGGGGACAGUCCUAUCACCCUUCCUCUUCCCCCUUUACACAUCUGACU